GGCUUUUUUACUCUCGUUAUUUUGCUACUAAAUCCUUGUUAAAUUUCUACGGUUUCGUGCAGUCUGCGCUUCGAUUAAAACUUCACCAACAGUUUCCCAAGAUCAAAAUCAGGAAAUUAGGGUUGGGAGUGAGAAUGUAUUGAGUGUGUUAGAAUUUUUAAGGGUCCUAACUCUGUUCCUCCUCCUACUUUAUGUAGAAAUUGAGGAGAUGUCUUCAGAAGGGACCAUGAGUGUAGUGGGGAGUGAAGUGAUGCCCCUGGAUUACAGGAGCAUAGAUUCGAAAAGAAGUCCAUCUCCAACUAGUUCGAAGAGGACGGUGGAGGAGAGGAGGGAGCAAAGGGUAGUAAAGGAGGAGGAAGAUGAGAUUCCCUUGAACGUUUUGGAGGCCGAGAGUAGUGUAGAUGGGUGUUAUGACCCAGAUUUAGAGAUAGUAUCUAAGGUGAGGGGGUAUGUGAGCGAAUUAGGUAGUAGGGAUAGUCUUAGGGGCCUCGUGGGUAACUGCAACCUCCCUCACCAUGUCCUAAUUAGGCCUGCCGAGGUGAAUGAGAGGGCAUGCUCAGCACCCCGAGACCAUUGGAUGCCCCUCUAUGUUCAUUAUUUGAUUGCGGGGCUUAGCAAAGAGAAUAGGAGUUUAUUCUCUGCUGGACCGUCAUCCAUCAAAGGAUGGAAAGAAAAAUUCUUCUUUGUGGAUGACACCGAGUGGAGUAGGAGGGAUGCCGAAGUGGAACAGUUGGCUGCUUGGAAAGCUAAGAAAACCAAGCAGAACAACUAUAAGUUAAAUGAGGAUGAGGUGGAGGAGGUAGAAAAGCUGGUGAGGGAAGAAGGAGACGUAGUGGAUAUCCUGUACCUCACCAGCCCGAAGGCAAUAGAGGCUGCUGAGCUCUAUGGGCCAAGCUCAUUGAGCGAAGUUGAGAUGGACGAGUUCAUUAAUGCUGCUGGGGGCCUGCGCAUCCCAAAGAAGCCAAGGAAGAAAUCAAAGACUUCAACUGCGGCGGACAAAGGAAGGUCAGAGCUGGCAAUGGGGGAUAGUGAGGAGGUGAGUGAGGAGGUGGCACCACUCCAGAGAAAGAAGAGGAAGGUGGCUGAACCAGAGGUGAGGGGGGAUGAGGUGAUUGAGUUCGUGCCUCGCCCUUCUACUCCUGAAAUCGAUCCUGAAGUUAGGGAGAGGGAGGAGGUCGAGGUGCGAGGCUCUAGCAAGGGCAAGGAGUUCAUCCCUCCUCACUUGUACCAGAAGAGUUUGUUUGAGGCGACAAACACGACUAAGGUGAAGCGCUUCCUCAACUCCACUCUUCAUGAGAGUGCAAGCUGGACAAACGCUCUGGCGCAGGAGUACACGGAGAGCAAGGAGAAGGAGGAGUGGGAGAAGGAGAAGAAGGAGAUGCAGAUGAGGCUGGAUGAAGUUCUUCCUUCAGUGAUCGAGCUCCAGAACGACAAUGAUGUCUUGAGCACGAAACUCGUCCUUGAAGAAUGCAAGAGGAAGAUCUGUGAGGAGAAGCUCGAAGCUCAAGACAAAUAUAUUGACAAUAUGAGGAAAGGAGCGGCGGAGCUGAAGAAGAACGUGAACCUGUUGGUUCACAACGGGAUGGAGGAGCACAUUGGCAACUUCCUCAACUCCAGCACCUUCGAGAACAUCGUCAAACUGUACUGGCUACCAACCGUAAUCGUGGCCUUCACCGACUGUAGAAAGAAGGUGAAGGCCCAGUACUCAGAGGUGGAUGUGACAACGGUCACCUUUGGGGAACAAGAAGAAGGAGUGGAGGAGGAUGAGGGACACACUAUCUUUCCUCUAGCCUUUGAUGAUGAGUUGGUGGCAAUGGAAGAAGAAGGAGAAGAAGAAGAAGAAGCGCAAGGCGCUGGUGUUGAGGAUCAGGCAGCUCUGGCCGGAGUGCAGCCUCCCGAGGUGCAUCCAGUCUCUUUUGACGAAGUGCAGCAGCUGGCUCCUCCUGAAGCAAAAGUGCCGCCCCUGCCUGCUGGAGAUGAGCCGCCUCAACCCCCUCUCCUUACUGAGGAACAGCCUCCUCCUUCAGCAGAGUAGCUUAGGUUUUUUCAUUUUUAGUUAUAUUUGUAAAUAACUUUUUUGUAAUUGAUUGUUUACUAAUUUAUAAAAUUUUUGAAGUUAUUUUGAUGUGUAUAUUUUGAUGUUUGUUUGUUAUUUUUGUUUCAAGUAAAUCACUUCAGAUGAAAUAAAGUGACCUUAAUUAA